AGGAGGGGGGGAUGAAAGGAAGCCGACACCUGAUUAGCAUCUCUAGCAGACGAGACGAGACGGCGGGAGGAGAGAGGCAAGUGUAAACAGUGCGAGCCGGAGCCACACGGACGGCACCACCUGUUGUGCGACAAGGGAGCAAUUUGCAUGAUUUGAAAUGGAUACCCACAUUGAGCAAGUAUAUCGGCAUCCCGGUUUGAGCGUAGGGAUUGUUGCGUCAAAGGUCAAGCUAUUGAAACAGGUGUCACAACUUGUCAGUGGUCUAAGAACGGAAUUGUGCUACAAUGUAGAAGUUAAAGGAAAUCUCAGUGAAGAGGACCGUCGUGCGUUGUUCUGGAUUCUAGGAAAUCCGCUUCAUCCAGGCCAGCUUUCCUCCUCUCCACAUCUAGUUGGCCAUCCACAUGGAAGUCUUCUCAUUGAAAUUGGUCCAAGGCUUAAUUUCUCAACAGCAUUCUCCAGUAAUGCUGUGUCAAUAUGCCAGAAAGUGGGCUUGACAAAAGUGACAAGGGUGGAGGUGUCUGUGAGGUAUCUUGUUGAUUGGGAGCAGAAUGGUUUAAAUUUUGGAAAGGAUCUGGAAACUAAGCUUGCUGCCGUGCUUCAUGAUAAAAUGACCGAAUGUCGCUAUGAUAAACCCCUGGAAUCUUUCAAUCUUGGUGUGUCCCCUGCUCCAUGGUUUGAAGUUGAUGUGAUGGGGAAAGGAAGAGAAGCCUUAGAGGAAGUUAACUCCAAACUUGGUCUUGCUUUUGACAAUUGGGAUCUUGAUUUCUAUACCAAUUUAUUCAAGGACAAGUUAAAACGCAACCCUACUAGUGUUGAGUGUUUUGACUUGGCCCAGUCCAACAGUGAACACAGCAGGCAUUGGUUUUUCAAGGGAUCUAUGGUUAUUGAUGGAGAGAGACAGAAAGAAUCAUUAUUUGAUAUGAUUAUUCAAACCCAAGCCAACUCAAACCCCAAUAAUGUAAUCAAAUUUAGUGACAACAGCAGUGCUAUUGAAGGAUUUGAAGUGCAGAAUUUCCGUCCUCAUAAUCCUCAGCAGCCCAGCUCAUUUAAAACAACAAAAUCAAUGAGUCAUCUCAUCUUUACUGCUGAGACACACAAUUUCCCCACUGGAGUGGCACCUUUCAGUGGUGCAACCACUGGUACAGGUGGCAGGCUUCGAGACGUCCACGCUGUUGGUCGAGGUGGACAUUGCAUUGCUGGUACUGCUGGUUACUCUGUGGGUAACCUUCUCAUUCAAGGCUAUGACCUUCCAUGGGAAGAGAAGAGCUUCAAGUACCCCAGCAACUUUGCUCUGCCAGUAGACAUCCUAGUAGAGGCAAGUAACGGAGCUUCUGAUUAUGGAAACAAGUUUGGAGAACCAGUUGUUUGUGGUUUCACUAGGUCCUUCGGCCUUCUUGAUUCUUCUGGUGAAAGAAGGGAAUGGAUCAAACCAAUCAUGUUCAGUGGAGGUGUCGGGUCCAUUGAUUUUAACAUGACUGAAAAAUUAAAACCAGCUAAAGGCAUGCAAAUUGUAAAGAUGGGUGGUCCUGUUUAUAGGAUUGGAGUGGGUGGCGGUGCUGCAAGUUCAGUGGAGGUUCAGGGAGACAACACAGAGGACCUUGAUUUUGGUGCAGUUCAACGUGGUGAUGCAGAAAUGGAACAGAAACUAAAUCGUGUGAUAAGAGCCUGUCUGGAACUUGGUGAAAACAACCCAAUUCUUACCAUUCAUGAUCAGGGGGCAGGUGGUAAUGGUAAUGUGUUGAAGGAGCUUGUAGAGCCAGAAGGAGCUGUCAUCUUUACUAAGCGCUUCCAGCUGGGAGAUCCAACAAUUUCAACACUGGAACUCUGGGGUGCUGAAUAUCAAGAGAAUGAUGCUCUGCUAUGCAAGAAAGAGGAUGUUCCCUUAUUAGCAAGCAUUGGUCAACGUGAACGUUGCCCAAUCAACUUUGUUGGAACUGUAACAGGAACUGGCAAGGUCAUUCUAUCAGAAGAAGACGACAUGAAUGAUGAAAAAUAUCUCAAUGGAUCAGUUGAUGGUAGCAAACGACACCCUGUAGAUCUUGAACUAGAAUUGGUGUUAGGAAAAAUGCCCCAGAAGGAAUUCCGCUUUGAUCGCAAACCACUUAUCACAAGAUCACUAUCGCUUCCUGCAAGCCUCACUGUUGGUUCUGCUUUAGAGAGAGUAUUACGUCUACCAACUGUCUGCAGUAAACGCUUCCUCACCAAUAAAGUGGAUCGCUGUGUCACUGGACUGAUUGCUCAGCAGCAAUGUGUUGGACCCCUACACACUCCUCUUGCUGAUGUUGCAGUAACAGCACUCUCAAUUUUCAACACUGAAGGUAUAGCCACCGCAAUUGGUGAACAACCAAUUAAAGGUCUAAUUGAUGCUAAAGCAGGUGCUCGUAUGGCUGUUGCUGAAUCUCUAACAAAUCUUGUGUUUGCUGCUAUUUCUGACAUUAAGGAUGUCAAGUGUAGUGGUAACUGGAUGUGGGCUGCUAAACUUCCAGGGGAAGGCAGCGCUUUGUAUGAAGCAUGUCAAGCAAUGUGCAUAGCCAUGUCUGAGCUUGGUAUAGCCAUUGAUGGUGGCAAAGAUUCUUUGAGUAUGGCAGCUCGUGUUGGGACAGAUACUGUUAAGGCUCCUGGAACCUUGGUUGUUUCAACCUAUGCCCCAUGCCCAGACAUUCGUGUGAAGAUCACACCUGAUCUGAAGAGUCCUUCGUUGGGUCAGAAAGGUUGUUUGGUGCUAGUUGAUCUAUCGAGUGGUAAAAUGCGUUUAGGAGGAUCAGCUCUGGCUCAAUGUUUCAAGCAACUUGGGGACUGCCCGCCUGACUUGGAUGACUCGAAGCUUCUAUCUAGAGCAUUUAAUGCCACUCAAAAGCUUUUAAAAGACAAUGCUCUCCUGGCCGGUCAUGAUGUUAGUGAUGGUGGUUUGGUAACUUGUCUUUUGGAGAUGGCGUUUGCUGGUUUAAGUGGUUUGCUUAUCAACAUUGACCACACAGAAGAUGGUGCUGACCCUCUUGAGGUUCUUUUCGCUGAAGAGUUAGGAUGGGUCUUAGAAGUCUCACAAGAAAAUCUCUCCUAUGUUCGUCAAACUUUCAGAGACGCUCAAGUCCCUUGUCAUUGCAUUGGGUACUCUACUGGUCUUGGUGCAGAAUCAAAGAUUCAAAUGAAAAUUAAGGGAUCAGUUGCUCUUAAUGGUGAUGUUAUUUCACUUUUCCGCUUAUGGGAAGAAACCAGCUACCGCCUUGAAUGUCGCCAGACCAAUGUGCAAUGUGCACGUCAGGAGUUUGAAGGCUUAAGAAGGAGACUUAUUCCAAAAUAUCACCUGUCAUUUAAUGCUAAUGUAGUUCCAAAGCCUUCUAAGACUUUAACUUCAGCUCCUAGAGUUGCUGUAAUUCGAGAGGAAGGCACCAAUGGUGACAGAGAAAUGUCAGCAUCUCUCUUCAUGGCAGGAUUUGAAGUGUGGGAUGUAACUAUGCAAGAUCUUCUUGAUGAGAAGAUCACUGUUGAUGGCUUCCGAGGCAUUGUUUUUCCAGGUGGAUUCAGUUAUGCUGAUGUAUUAGGUUCUGCCAAAGGGUGGGCAGCAAAUUUGCUUUUCCAUUCAAAACUUAGAGAUCAGUUUAAGGCUUUUGCACUUAAACAAAAUACCUUCAGUUUGGGUGUUUGUAAUGGCUGUCAACUUAUGAGUCUGUUGGGCUGGAUUGGCAUAAAACCCAUUGGUGAUGCUGGUGAUACACCCGACAUAGUUCUGGACCAUAAUGACUCAGAACGUUUUGAGUGUCGUUUUAGCACUGUGCGUAUUGAAAGCUCUAAGGCUAUGAUGUUACAAGGAAUGUCUGAUAGUGUUCUUGGUGUCUGGGUCGCCCAUGGAGAAGGAAACUUCACUAUGCGUGAGAGUUCCAUCCUGAAAAAAUUAGAGAGUGGAUCUUGUGUAGCUCUCCGCUAUGUCAAUGAGGAUGGUCAACCAACAAUGGAAUAUCCUUUGAACCCUAAUGGAAGCAUAGGUUCCAUCGCUGGUAUAUGUUCUACUGAUGGAAGGCAUCUGGCCAUGAUGCCUCACCCUGAACGCUGCACCAAAAUGUGGCAGUGGCCUUGGGCUCCGGCUGCAUGGAGCAGCGAUCUCCAGGUAUCACCAUGGAUGCGAAUGUUCCACAAUGCGUUCACAUGGUGCGUCGACAACUCACAACUCUAAUAACAUGUGUCAAAGUCGACAUCAAAUGAAACAACUGAAAACUGUGCCACAUCAUGAACAGGUUUUUCCUUAUCCUUGUUUUCUCUGGAUAUAUUUUGUGUGAUGAUUCAAAUAUUGCCAUUAGCUUCAAUCAGCUUUAAAAGCCAUUGGAGUCUUGUGAUGCAAUCUGACAAUAGGUUCAUUAGUGUCAAAAAAAGUAAUUAAAGUUCUGGCUUGUAAAAGCUACCCUCUGGAAAUUUUUACCAGUUUCAGGAUUAAUGCAAUUUGUGGUAUAAUUUUUAAUCUAUCUGUUCUCAUGUACUUUGGGGAGUGCUCUCACAUUUUUUAAAGUACUAUGCCUCACCAUACAAAGCAUUUUUAAAAGUAUUCUUGUGCAUACUUCACAUCACAUUCCAGAGACCGGUCAAUAUCUGUGAUAAUUAGUGUAAUCAAGCUUUCAGAUGACUUUGGGCUGUCAGAAUUUUCUGUUAUCUCUGUUUAUAAUUUGCAUAGUUUUUUAAAGUGUUUUCAAUCAAUUAACUACGUACUAUGUGUCAUGCUGCCAAUUUUCUAUAUUUUUCUAUGAAUGCUAUAUUUUAGUCAUGUCUAUUGUUGACUGUCUUCACAUCACCUUUUUUGUAUCCGUGUUUGUGCUAUUCUUUUAGAUGCUUCAAAGAUCAUGUAAGAACUAUUUAAAUUGAGAAAUUAAUAUCAAUCUAGUUCAAAGGUGUAAAUGUGACAUGAAUUAAGUUUAAAAGAAAAUAAACAUUGUAAAAAGAAA